AUGGACUCUACAGAUCGCUUCCGCCAACCUGGCCUUAGCAACUACCCAUCAAUAGGCCAACAGCAGUACAAUGGCUCUCAAAACCAGCUGCCCACACUGCCGCCUCUGCAGAGUGGCGGCCAGUACCCGUUGUACGGCCACAAUAGCAACCCUCACACGCCCCAGCCGCCGCACACGCCUGUGACCUCUGCCGCCAAUGGCAGUUCCACCAUGCCACCGCUGCAGCACCCGCCGCUGCGACCUCUCCAACCCACGCCGAGCUCGUACCUGCCUAUGUCUUCGGCCUAUUCGCAGGCGCCUAUGCUGUCCACAGCAUCUGCGCAUACCAACGGCCACCAACUAGGCGGUCCUCCUGGUAUGGGAGGAUUGGGACACGCGUCCAUGUACGCCCACCCUCCUGUGCUCCCCAACCAGGAGCCGGAGCCUGUGCACGUCGUCGGCCAGCAAGGUCGUCGUGGAGUAUUGCCUACACACCCCGGUAGGCCCGCGCCAGCUGCAGGCAAGACGCCCACUACUGCUACCAAGAACGCCGAGGGCAAGUAUGAGUGUCCUCACUGCAAUAAGACGUACCUGCAUCUGAAGCAUCUCAAGCGCCACCUGCUGCGACACACCGGUGAACGACCCUACCAGUGCCAUCUUUGCAAGGACACCUUCAGUCGAAGUGAUAUCCUUAAGCGCCAUUUCCAAAAGUGCUCGAUACGAAGGGGCAACCCAACCGGCGCGAACCACCUCCAGCACGCGCAGCAGCAUUUGCAGAAGAACAGGCAGCCCAGCGGCGCAGACCAGAACUCGUACCUUAACCACAUUGGUGCUAAUUCUAUGUCUUACGCUGAUGCUGGAGGUUAUACUAUGGGUUUGCCUCAGAUGCCUGCGAUGGGCGGCAAUGGCUUCAACGACAGCCUACCGUCGCUUGCCAACCAUCACCAGACCAUGUCUGCGCGCACAUCUCGUUCCAACAGCUUGAUGCGCCCCAGCAGCGGAGUCGAGGACAGCGCGCAUCGCAGGAGCAUGUCGGCUAUGGACUUUGCGAACAACAGGAUGAACUUCAACGACUACCGCCCGGAUGGCGUUCCCAAUGGCUACGCGCAACAACAGCAACAGCAGCCCCAGCCUACUGCAAACGGAUCCGAUCCAAACUCCCACUACAACUAUGACCACGCCUCUACAAAUGGUUCGAUGGCGCAGAAUGGCAUGACCGUCAAGAGCGAGGCUGCCGACCCUGCUUCCUACGGAGGAGUCUCGACCCUGCCCAACGUGGAUGGCAUGCCCAACGGCCAGGAUGGCUCACUGUGGCGGAACGGAUCGUUCAACGGCGAUAUGAAUAAUUCCAAUGAUACACCACAUGAUACUUUGUUUGGACUGUACUCGCAUGUUCCGGGUUUGGCCGACUCUUCCCCGAUGCUUGACAACUGGUUCAUUGGCCAAUCCACGUCUGAUCCUCUGCACGCUCUGGCAGGAUCACUUUUGAACUUUUGCUUUCCGAAUGCGUCUCUGCUUCCAAAUCAACACUCAGACGAGGCGCACGCCUACGAAAGACUGAAAAAUAUCUUGACUGGCGACAACGUAAAGGAAUUCCUACACCAAUACAGACACUAUCAAUCACACUGGCCCUUGAUACACGUUGCAACAUUUGAUCCGUUUUCCGCCAACCAUGGGCUUGUUCUGGCCAUGUGCUGUGUUGGCGCCGUGUACUCUGACCGAAUGCGCCCCUCGGAUGUUCGAUGGCUGAUGGAUCGUGUUCGGGAGAGUAUGCUCAAAUCUAGUCACGUCUACGAAUUAGCGCAAGCGCACCAGAUGGCCGACUUGAAUCAGGAGCUAACAGUGACUACCGAAGAGAUUCAAGCACUGGUUCUUCUACAUUCCCAGUUCCUCUGGCACGGGUCUCAACAACAACGCCAGCAAGUGCGAGACGAGGUUCGGGGGGUGGCCAGCGUUACACGUUGCGCAGCACUGUUUCAACCUCUUUCUUCUGACAACCCGAACGCGAGCGCGUUGCAUCAGCCAGGACCAGUCACAGGCGCCGAGGUCGACUCAUGGAACUGGAAAGCUUGGAUCGAGAACGAAAAACGAACUCGAUUGGCAGCAUACAUCUACCUCAUUGAUGCCUCUUCCACCAUAUUCUUCAAUACCCAGCCCAGAUUUGACGCCAAGAGUAUUACAGUGCCUUUGCCUGCAGACGACGCAGCUUGGGAAGCGAAGACUUCAGAAGAAUGCGCCAGUGCUUUGGGUCUAAGAGGAUCAUCGGCGCAAAUGAGCAACGAAUCAGGGAGCAGACGCGCAAAGCAACUAGCGAUGCGUGAGGCAUUGUGUGUACUCAAUGGAGCCUGCCCGGGUCAAUUUCCUGAGCGGGCUACUAAUGUCUUUGGAAAGUUCAUACUCAUUCACGCGAUUCAUGCCCAAAUCUACAACAUUCAGCAUCAGCUGCUUCAGCGAGUGUGUUCAAGCGGUACAAGCACGCCUCAAUCUCAAGGCGACAGUCCAGCCACACCACCCAAUGGGGUCAACGAACAAGUUCAAAACAACCUUCGUUCGACGGUCGGUGCGCUCCAGCUAUGGAAGACGUGCUGGGACAAGGAUCUCGCCACUCAGUUUCCACAGAACCAGCGUCGCCGUGGAUUCUGCCGAGACGGAAUCCACUUCUACUUCCUAGCUCAGGCUUUCCUGCGGCAAUCUCGACCAGAGGACUGGGCUGCACCUCCCGAUGUUCGAUGCCGACAUGUAUUCAAUCUUCUGAAACAGAUUAGGCAUUAUAUUGCAUCAGACUCCGCGCAGAAAGGCAUCGAGAUCGGGGACAUGGUUGCUAUCGCCGACGACUACGCUAUUGCCGACUUGACGCUUAACAUGAAACGUCUUUUCACGCCCCUCGACGAGCUCUGA